AUGGCUCGCAUUCUCGAAGGACAACCGUACGUCGUCAACAUGAUCGACGACAUCCUGGUUUUUGGAAAAGACCGUGAAGAGCACGACAAGCGACUUGUGGAGUCGAAGUGCUGCUUCGGUCAAGACAAAGUAGAGUUUCUGGGUGUAAUCAUCGAUGCCAACGGUAUCUCGCCGAGUACCAGCAAACUCGAAGCCCUACGCAACUUGGAGCCACCCACGGACGUUGCUGGUGUUAGACGCUUCCUCGGCAUGGUCAAUCAUAUAGGUCGCUUCCUGCCCAACCUUUCGCAGGCAACCGCCCCUAUUAGCGCCUUGCUAGGCGAGCAAAAUGCAUGGCAAUGGGGACCGCUUCAAGAGACCGCUUUUAAUCGGGUCAAGGCGAUGCUCACCUCGGACCUCUGCGUCGCGAAGUAUCAUCCCGGUCGUAAUACCAUUGUCUCAUGCGACGCGAGCUCAUUUGGAUUGGGAACUGCUCUUCUGCCGGAACAACCAUCGGGGGAGCGACGCGCGGUAGCGUUUGCAUCACGGUCAUUAACCAAUGCAGAACAACGCUACAGCCAAAUAGAAAAGGAAGCGUUGGCGGUAGCAUGGGCAGUGCACCGUUUUGACCAGUACGUGCGGGGCCUCAACUUCACGGUGGAAACCGACCACCAGCCGCUGGUGACACUACAUGGAAACCCUUACUUGGACACGAUGCCUCCACGUAUUCAACGGUUCCGUAUCAAACUUAUGCGAUACCAAUUCAACGUGGUCUACGUUCCGGGCAAACAGCUAGCCACUGCGGAUACUCUUUCAAGGGCUCCAGACGAGACGCCGUCGAUAAGUCUAGUGGAUGUGGUAGAAGAGUUCGUGGACUUCCAAGUUGCAGUGAUCAUUGACACGAAGCUGGUUACUGCAGAUGAUGUCCGUAGGCACCAAGAACAGGAUGGUGAAUGCAGCCAGCUCGUCAAGUACUGCACCCAGGGCUGGCCUCCUUUUGCGAAGCAUUAUGGCUUCCGACACAUCACCUCAAGUCCAAACUACCCGCAGUCUAACGGGGAAGUUGAAAGGAUGGUGCGCACGGUCAAGGAAUUGUUCGAGAAAGCAGAUGAUCCUUUUCUGGCACUUCUGUCUUACAGAGACACUGCAGGCGUCACAAGGUUUAGCCCAGCGCAGCUACUGAUGGGCCGCAGCCUGCGAACCAGGAUUCCCAAGCCAGCGGAUUGCCUGGAACCGAAGUGGCCUGCCCCUGACGUUGUCAAGUGCCAAGACGAGGAGGUAAGAAGGCGGCAGAAGAAAGACUUUGAUCGCCGUCAUGCUGCGACCGUCCUUCCUCCGCUGGAGCCGGGGGACACGGUGUGGGUUCGUGACAUCAAGGAAACGGCGUGCGUUCUCAGCCCAGCCUCGAAGCCCCGCUCGUACGUCGUGGAAACACCAACCGCGGUGCUUGUGCGUAAUAGGGUGCAUCUAGCGCUCUAUUCGGACCCAACGACUAGCCACCUCAAUGAGCCAGCAUCGAGGGAAAACAGCGAGGGACACGAAGAGCAAGCCACCGUUACAGACGCCACGGCAUCAGCGACGCCACAAGUCUCCAAUGAAUGCGGACUGCGAGUCACCAGAUUUGGUCGCCGAGUUAGGACUCCGAAAAGACUUGACUUGUGA